AUGAAUUUACAUAAACGUUUUUUAAGCGACAAUUACUUAAUUGCCUCAAGUAGUACCGACACUUGAUGGCCUUCUGUCGAAAAGUCUCCUCAGCUCCCAAAUCUCAGGAUCAGAAAAAAGAAAAAACAUCCAAAAUCUGUCAGAGAUAUCAGCAGUGAAGAAGGAAUGAUUAAAUUGCAAUCUCAGCUCCAAGAGCUCGAAGCUCUUCAAUCUGAAAACAACGAAGAAGACCUACUAUCUGAUGAUAAGUCCAAAACCUCAACAAGGCCUAUAACAAUGCAAAGCUCUCCAAUGCUGCUUAAAACGUACACUGGAGAAUUCAUCAACCAAAAACGUAACAUUGAAAGCGAGCUUAGAAAAAUGCAUCAUCAUAUAGAAGAAAACUUAAAAGUAACUAAAUCAUCUACGGGACGCAGAAGAAGGCACAAAUAUAAUGUAUCUAUGCCUGUGUUAGAAUAUGACAGUACAAUGAUGCCGACCGAUUUAAUUAUCAUGGCACAAGUCAGACGUGGGCUUAUGAAUGAAGUUAAAAACAAAAGUAUCAGCAAUUUGACAUUUGAAAAAAUAGAAGAAAUCAAGAGGAAUUAUAUACCUGAACAGCUGAAAAAUUUAGAAAACAUUAAAGAGAAUUUACAAAAGCAAAAGCAAAAAAAGGAGCUUUUAAGUAGGAAUCCACUUUCAAAUGCUUCUUAUAGCCCGAUCCUUGCUUUGGAUAGGGCUUGACUGACAUCGGGAGACGUCAGAUGACGACUUGGCUAGCCAAAAUUUUCUGGAAAAGUCAAAUCCCAGAUGGCAAAUCUCCAUAACGAGAGGAUUUGCCAUCUGGGGAGUUGACUUUGCCAGCAAAAGUUGACUCGUCAACUCGCCAUCUGACGUCUCCCGAUGUCAGCCAAACCCGAUCCAAAGCACGGAUUGGGCUAUAUCAUAUACUAGCAUUUGAUAAAAAAUCCAAAAAAAAUUUAAGGAAAAGCUUAAUAGAAACACUACCAGAUGCUUCAAGAUUUCAAGCCCACAGCAAAAUCCAGCCUAAAACCUUGAAGUAUUAA